ACAACCCACAACCCGUUGAUUGUUGGACGGAACUCUGUUGUGCGGUUUGGAACAACACCCACACCCUAGUAGGAGGAGGAACCGGCUGUAGUACGGCUCGUACUCCCUGCCGUCUUUAUGCGGUGCUGUGUGGCUGCUAGACCCAGACACAGCAACACACUUGUUGAACCCCACGGGCUACGCCGCUAGGCGUCAACAAUGAGCAGUUCCAGCGGGGGCGGGAGCAGCGACCAUCGUGGCACCCCCAGCAAGGGCGGGCGAAGCGACACUAAUGGCACAGUGAGCCACGUCACCUCGCAGCAGGCGGGCGUUUACAGCGGCAGCUACGCUGUGCCUGGAGUGUUUGGCGGGCAAACUGUAACUUCCCAACAUGGAGGAGGGUCAGCUCCUCGCCCGCCCUCAGUUUCGGCACCACCAGCAGCACCGUCACAACCACCGCAAGCAGCAGGCAGCAUCAAGAGCACCGCGAACCACAUGGUGCUGGAUAACGACCCAUCCCUUGACCAUCCUCCUGCCGUCACCUCGGUGGCGUGGGGUGGCGCUACCAUCGCUUCCCCGGCCGUGUUGUUUGGGCAGCAGGAGAGCAUUGCGGCCACAAGCACCUUGCAAUUCGCACAGCUAGGACAACAGCUGCUCCCGCAGCAGCAGCUUCACGGAUUCCGAGGGAUCGGAUCGUCCGUUGCCCCAGCCGCUCUGGUUCCACCGGCCCAACUGGCUGGUAUCCACCCAACCGCUUCGCUUACUUCAACGACCUCCGUCGACACUGCUGUCAGCACGCAUGUAGUCGAUUGUGGUGUUGCUGGCGGGGGGGCGGUGACAUCAGUGCUGCAACAGCACCCCCCCCCACCCCUCAGCGAUAUUGGUGGCGCUGUAGUGCCUCUCCCCGUGGCAAACAGCGGUCCCACAUACACCUUCAACGGCGGUGGCGGCGGAGGCGGCGUUAGUGACCCGCUGACGAGGCCUGUCUUUCAGCCUGGAUUCAACCCAACGGCACUGCAGAACCAACAGCAGCCGGCACCGGUGUUCACGACCCCGUCGUCCACGGGUUUCCCACUCUCUGCCUUCGUUGGCGAGCAGCAACAGCAGCAGAAGGCGGCACCGGUGUUCACGAUCCCGCCAUCCACUGGAUUGGCCCCCUCUGCCUUUGCUGGCGAGCAACAACAGCCAAUGGUGAUGCCAGUGAUUCAGCAGCAGCAGCAGCAGCAGCAGCAUGAACAGCAGCAGCAACAACAACCAGGAACGCCUGCUGCGAGCAUCACUGCAGCGUUCGCGCCAUUUCCCCCGCAGUCUUUCUUGCAGCUUAAUCCGGUGAGAACACGGAUGAAUCGCGUUGUCCAAUCAGUAGCGGCUUUGCAUGCAAUCUCAAAACCCUUCCAUAUCCUCCAACCAUGCAUGCUGAACCAAGCCAACGUUCCAUCAGCCGCCAGUACACCCAAUGUUGUCAUUUCGAGACCAUUUUCUGGCUAGGCGGCUGUCGCUCACUUGUUUUCGUUUGUCUCACCACGCUUGGCGUGUUUUUCAUCUGCUUCGUUGUGCACCUCUUUUGAAACCUUUCGACCAAGGGCAGAGCUUGUACCACGGGGGUGGGAUCGGAAUUUGAGAUUUCGACUACGAGCGGCUAGCCUGGCCCCCGGGCCGAGGAGACUGACUGAUUGUUGGAGGCGCCGCCCCCCGCAGCGUGUUUUUGACGGGAUUUGCGCGCGCGGCUCGCAGGUCCAAGUGCGACAUUCUCGCGACCCCCUGGUUGCUCAAAUGUCCCCUACUCCACCCGCAUGAUGCAAUGCCUUUGUCAUUUCUUCCAACUCGCAUCUCGUGACAACAGCACUUGCCGUGCGUGCGAGCGUGUGGUAUGUAUUGACACACGUACUCUGCCGAUGGCGCCGAUUGCACACAUAUUUCACGUUUUUUUGGUAGCGUUCAUGAUGUUGUGAUACUUUCAUGGACUCGCACACUCUCCCGAUGUCACCGUGUACUUCACACGUGCUUGCCUGCGGGUGGUGUGUUGGGCGUAACGGGGGCUAUUGUCUAAUGAUCAGCCGCCAAUCAGGUUUUCCUAGUACAUGUCUUUCGUUCUUCGCUGCGCUCUUUCAACCAAUACGCAUGGUGUUCGCGCCAUUUCACGUCAACCCCGACCGCUGUGCCUACUCGUGGCCCGGGCGUGUGCGUGUGUGCGCUUGUUGGCGUGUGUGCGGCGU